GCAGUGUCCGGGCAGCAGCCCCGGCCCGUGGGCAGCCCCAGCGUCACCUGCCCUGUGCCUCCCCCAGGGCCACCGCGUGCUCCAUGGAGAUCGGCAGCUCCUCCUCACAUCUCAGCGUGCAGCAGCCGCUUGAGCUGCCCAGGCAACACCCCCUGGGCUAUGGCAAGAGCAGCCUCACAAGCAGUGGUGCCAGCAAAGCACCUGGGGCUGACAGAGGCAGCGGGAAGCGGAGCAUGAACUGCAGUGCCACGAGUGGGAACCCCUACACAGAGUUGGUGAGCCGCCUGCGGGCAGCCUGGCUCUCGGGGAAGACACGGCCCAUGGAGUACCGCGUGGCCCAGCUGGAGGCCCUGGGCCGCUUCCUGGAUGAGAAGAAGCAGGACAUCCUGGACGCCCUGGCCUCUGACAUGCGCAAGCCACCCUUUGAGGCAGAGUUCUGUGAGAUCCUCCUGUGCAAGAAUGAGCUCAAUGACACCCUUAACAAGCUGGGCACUUGGAUGAAGGAUGAGCAUGUGGAGAAGAAUCUGGCGACGCAGCUGGACUCAGCCUUCAUCCACAAGGAUCCGUAUGGGGUGGUGCUGAUCCUCACACCCUGGUAUUGCCCCAUCCAUAUCGUCCUCAUGCCCCUCAUCGGGGCCAUCGCUGCUGGUAACUGUGUCAUUGUCAAACCCUCGGAGAUAACCAAGAACACUGAGAGACUUGUGGCUGAAGCGCUGCCCUGCUACCUGGACAAUGACUGCUUUGCUGUGGUGACCGCUGGUGUGGAAGAGACCACCAAACUGCUGGAGAACAAGUUUGACUACAUCUUCUUCACUGGCAGCCCCUCCGUGGGCAGGAUUGUUAUGACAGCCGCUGCCAAGCACCUGACACCGGUGACGCUGGAGCUGGGGGGCAAGAACCCCUGCUACGUGUCUGACAGCUGUGAGGUGCAGAAUGUGGCCAGACGAGUGGCCUGGGGGCGCUUCUUCAACGCAGGGCAGACCUGUGUGGCACCCGACUACAUACUCUGCAGCGUAGAGAUGCAAGAGAAGCUGCUGCCUGCCCUGCGUGAGGCCAUUACCGAGUUCUAUGGUCCCAACCCCCAGGAGUCCCCUGACUUUGCCCGUAUUGUGGGGGACAAGCAAUUCCAGCGUGUGCAGGCUCUGCUGAGCAGUGGGCGUGUGGCCAUUGGAGGGCAGACGGAUGAGCAGGAGCGCUAUAUUGCUCCCACGGUGCUGGUGGAUGUGCAGCCCUCUGAUCCUGUCAUGCAAGAGAAGAUCUUUGGGCCCAUCCUGCCCAUCAUCACAGUAGCCAGUGUGGAUGAAGCCAUUAAUCUGAUCAAUACCUAUGAGCGGCCGCUGGUUGUAUAUGUCUUCUCCUCUGAUAAGAAGGUGAUGAACCACGUGCUGGAAUGGACAAGCAGCGGUGACUUUUGUGGAAAUGACACUCUGAUGCAUGUGACAUUGACCUCACUGCCCUUUGGUGGGAUUGGGAACAGCGGCUUGGGAAAAUACCACGGCAAGUUCACCUUCGACACCUUCACUCACCUCCGCAGCUGCCUGCACCGCAACAUGGCCCUGGAGACCAUCAACACCCUGCGCUACCCGCCUUACAGCCCGCAGAAGCUGGGCCUUGUCCGACUUGCCUCCGAAGUCAAGCGGCAGGGCACGUGCACCCUGCUCUAAGGGGCGAAGGCUGCCCCAUGCACGGGCUGCAGGGAGCCCUGCUGCAGCCCGGGCUGGGCAAGGGGCCUCCGCUGCGCUUCAGGGCUCAACCCUCGCUUGGCGUCGCUAUAACCUUGUCCCGUCUCCACGGCCUCCUCCCUCUGCCGCUCCACCGGUCAGGGCGUGGGGCAGAGCCGCCCCGCAACGGGUACGAAGGGAACGGCAGGGAGCAGCCCCCUUGCAGGAAGGAAAGGGGUGUGGCCCGCUUUGGGAGUACAUGGUUGGGCAGCUCUGUGGGAUAGGGGCGGAGCCAGCAGGGAUGGGGCGGGGCCCAGGGCCAGUAAGGGUGGGGCACCCUGUGCCCCACAGGGCCCCUCGCUCCACCCCACAUGCCCCCUGCACCCCCUAUUCCCGACAUGCCUCGCUGUGCCCCACACCUCCCUGUGUCCUGCACCCCCAUGUUCCCACAUGCCUCCCUGUGCCCCAACACCCCCCUGUACCCCACAUGCCUCCCUGUGCCUCUCACGCCCCCUGGGCCCCACAUUACUCUCUGUGCCCCACACACCUCUUGUGCCUUACACACCUCCCUGUGCCCCAAUGCCCACCGUGCCCCACAUGUCUUCCUGUGCCCUACAUGCCUCCCUUCACCCCACAUGCUUCCCUGCGCCCCACACGCCUCUGUGCUCCACAUGCCCCUUAAGCCCCACAUGCCUCCUGUGCUCCAC